UUCCAUCUCCGGGAAUAACAAACACGCAUCCUAACCAUCGUCAUUUCCAAAGAAACCAAAAACAAUCAACCACCAUGUCUUCUACUAUCCCCCGUCCCCCCCUCAACCCCGACCUCGCCGCCACCCACAGCACCAUCCCAACCAUGGACAUCAGCACGGCCGAAAAACGCACCACCUACCGGGAAUUCCUCUCCACGCUCUUCACGCUAGAAAACACCAUCAAAGGCAAAGAAUCCACCAUCAGCUACACCGAAGUGGACAUCCCCGGCCCCGCCGGCCCUCUCCGCGCCACCAUCUUCCGGCCCAAGAACGCCCCGCACGAUGUCUCCGCCACGCCUGGCAUCCUGCACAUGCACGGCGGGGGCCACUCCACGGGCAACCGAUUCAUGGGCUUCACGGUGCUGGAAUGGGUUGAGGCGCUGGGGGCGGUGUGCAUGACGGCCGAGUAUCGGCUCGCGCCGGAACAUCCCCAGCCGGCGCAGUUGGAGGAUAGUUAUGCGGCGUUGGAGUGGAUGAGUGGACAUGCCGCGGAGUUGGGGUUUAAUCCGGCCAAGUUGGUGGUGUGUGGUGGGUCGGCGGGGGGGAAUUUGGCCGCCGGGGUGACCUUGCUGGCGAGGGAUCGGGCGGGGCCGGAGAUUUGUGGGCAGGUGUUGAUGUAUCCGUGGGUGGAUGAUGGGGUGGAGUGGGGCUCGAUGGAGCAGUUUGGGGAUAUUGCGCCGUUGACCAAGGCGGAUGCGGCGCAGGCGAGUGAUUUUGCGUUUGGAGUGGAGAGAGAGUUUGCGGAUAUGUAUACGGUGCCGUUGCGGGCGAAGAGUUUCAAGGGGUUGCCCGCGACGUUUAUUGAUGUGGGCGAGGCGGAUGUGUUUCGCGAUCAGGAUUUGGAGUAUGCGAAGGCGUUGUGGAGGGAUGGGGUCGCGACUGAGCUGCAUGUUUGGCCAGGGAGUUGGCAUGGGUUUGAUGUGUUUGUGCCUGAGGCGGACGUUAGUCGGAAGGCGAGGGCGGCGAGGUUGGGAUGGCUACGGAAGUUGCUUGAUAUUCCGGUGGUUGCUUAAAGGGGCUGAAGGGAUGGUUGUUUGAAAUGU